GCUUUACGCUCUCGUAGCCUCUCAAUCGGUACUGUACCAUCCUCCUCAGCUGUCCGCAUAGGUCGCUCUCUCCUAUAUCGCGAGUGAUCAGCGCCGGUGGGCGAAUUCGAUGUACGGUGAAUGGUCCUGCCUUGACAACACCUUCAGGCACCGAGCUCGGAUAACUUCAGGCAAGAGGAGGCAUACUCGCCUAACCUCAUCCGACGAGCCAUCAGACGCCUCAAAAGCGACGACGCUUGCCAGUGUGGCGCUACAAGGACGUUCACAUUGAGCUGCGGGACCGAGCCCAGCGCUCGGCUCCUUCUCAUGGCCCUCUGUUCACUGCACUUGUCCAUGAAAGUCGACCCCGAGGCGCUCCUACCAGGAGAGCCUCACAUUAUAUCCGUGUCUCGGUACUUCGAGUCCCGACACGUGAACAAUCCUGCUAGGGGCGAGCCUCCUCCCGGAGGCACAUGGAUCAAGCUUGCCAGAUUCCCUUUCGAAAGUAUGCCAACAGGAGACCCCCACACGGACAAUCUGCCAAUCGAGCCGAAGUUCCUAGGUCUCUGGCUCGGCGACGGGACGCAUGACCAAGUGCGCAUCGCCUCCUCCGAUUUCGACGAGACACGAGAAUACCUCGCUGGGUACGUGCACCGUCUGAAUGCCACUCGGCCCCGUGGGGCGGCCCCUCUACACCUUCGUAUCACUCCUCACAUCAUGGCAGAGGGGGCCAUUCCCGCAAACGUCACGUGCUUCGAGUUCGCGAUCGCGAGCACCUUCCGAGAUCAGGAGGGAUUCUACUGGAAUCCCCUUCUCGAUGGCCUGCAUGCGCUUGGCAUCUUUGCGAACAGAAAGGCGCGCAGGAUCCCUGCUCGGUACCUCAGUGCAAGCGAGGGGCGCCGCUCUCGUCGGGGCUGAUCGACACGGACGGCUGCCUAGUCGCCAGUACCUGGUACGAGUUCGAUCAGGGUGCGGAUCAUCUUCUGCUCUUUGAUCAUACGCGACAGCUAGC